AUGUCGUCCCUCAGAGACACCCCGGCGGGCCAGUUCCUGCGUCUGAUCGGGUUCAAGUCGUGGCUGUUCUAUCCCGAGGAAGUCACUGGGUUUGAACUACCCAGCCUGCCAUUCGUCUCUCAGGAAGUCCUCCCUCCUGUGGACGAAGAGGAUCACGACCACGAUGACGCCAGCGAAAAUGACGUGGAAAAGGACCUCGAAAAGAGCCUCCCGAGCGCCUCCUCACUCAGACUGGCCACUCCCCCGGACGAAGUCUCGAGCGCCAUGUCCCAGAAAGCCCUGACGGAGCCGAUCGUGGUGUCCUUUCCCGACGACGGCACGGACAACCCGCGGAAUUGGUCGGCGGCGAAGAAGACGUGGACUGUCACCCUGAUCAACGUCUACACCUUUGUCGUCUACUGCACUGCCUCGAUCAUCACCCCCACCGCGGGCUACAUUGUUGAGAGGUACAAUGUCUCGGUGGUUGUCGCCAGCCUUGGUCUGUCCAUGUAUGUCGUUGGCUACGGGACGGGUCCCAUGUUCUUCUCCCCACUGAGUGAAGUCGCCAGUAUCGGCCGGAACCCGCCGUACCUGUACUCGUUCAUCGCCUUCUUCCUGGUCUCCAUCGGUCUCGUCUUUGUGGACAAUUUCCCGGGCUUGAUCAUCCUGCGUUUCCUCCAGGGCUGGUUCGGCAGUCCGUGCCUCGCCAGCGGGGCGGCCUCGAUCGACGACGUCUACGACAUGUACAGUGCGCCGUACGGCUACAUCUGGUGGGUGGCGAGCAUGUACUGCGGGCCGGCGUUCGGGCCUUUACUGGCGGGCUACGCCGUGACAGAGAACUGGCGCUGGCCGCUGUACGAGGUGGUGAUGAUGGGCGGCGUGGUGCUGGUCUUCCUCCCCUUCCUGCCCGAGACAUCCCCUCAAACCAUCCUGCUCCGGCGGGCCCAACGCCUCCGCAAAGCCACCGGCAACAACAGCCACAGAGCGCCGUGCGAACUCACCCCGCUGGCUUUCACCAAGAUGCUGCACGAGGCACUCAACAAGCCGCUGGAAAUCACGGCCAAGGACCCCGCCAUCCUGUACGCCUGCGUCUACGGCUCCAUCGUCUACGCGACCUACUACUCGUUCUUCGAGGCCUUUCCGCUCAUCUACCUCGGCACGUACGGCAUGUCGCUGGGCGGGAUGGGUCUGGUCUUCACCUCCCUGACCGUCGGCUGCAUCUGCGGCCUCGCCUUGUACUACGUGUACAUCACGUACCACUUCAUCCCGCGGGCGCGGGCGCAGCACCGCGAAACAGGCCGCCCCGUCGCACAAGAGCAGUGGCUCCUGCCGGGCCUCUUUGGCGUCUGGGGCCCCCCCAUCGGCUUGUUACUCUUCGCGUGGACCGCCCGCGCGGACAUCCACUGGAUCGUGCCGACGCUGGGCAUCGCCAUCUUCGCCUUCUCGACCUUCUUCAUCUUCCAGGCCCUGAUCUGCUACGUCCCGCUGUCCUACCCGCGCCACGUCGCCAGCCUGUUCGCCGCAAACGACUGCGCCCGCUCGCUGCUGGCCGCCGCCUUCGUCCAGUUCUCGCGCCAGAUGUACUCGCGCCUCGGCAUCGAUCGGGGCGUCUCCCUCGUCGCGGGCCUGUCCGUCGUGGGCAUCUUUGGCAUGUACGGUCUGUACUUUUACGGCGCGAGGCUGCGGGCGCGGAGUAGGUUUACUGGCUAA